AUAUCAACGCCAGUUCCGGGCGAACAAGUUAUUGCUGGCAACACUAAUACUGUCGCUCUCUCUGCACCGAAUUCCAAUAUGUUGGUGUUAUCGCUACCAGCAUCUAUGCCUUCCUCAAGUUCCAACAGUAGUUCAAAUUCAUCAUUUAUCUACACGCUAAGUGGUGAUAGUACAUUUUUUAAUAGCUCUGAGUUGUUGAGGGCGAUUGAGCAUUAUCAGCUGCAGCGUAGCCAGCAACAACAGCAGCAAAUACACUUACAGCAGCAGCAACAGCAACAGCAACAGCAACAGCAACAGCAACAUCUACAUCUACAACAGCCACAACAUUCACAAUUAGUUUUUGGGCAGUCACAAAUGGUUCAACUGCCACAUCCACAUAUUGAACAGCUGCAGGUGCCGCAUCCACAACAGCAACAAAUGGAAGUGUUUCUCCAUCAGCAUAUGGAUCAAAAGCAACAGCAACAUAUUCAUAUAUCACAAUCUUUAAUGACAGAGCACAGUUCGCAACAGCCACAGCAAAACCAACAACAACUACAACAGCAUCUGCAGAUUUCACAUCCAUUGGCGAUCGAAUGCAGCCCACAACAACAGCAGCAGCAACAUCAGCAACAGCAGUUUCAAGUGGUGCCCACGCCUCAGCCGGUUAUAUAUCAAUUAUUAGAUGUGACACAGGCGCCGCGCGAUUGUGACCAACGACAACAACAGCAACAGCAGAUUACACAGCUGCUGGAAAAGCAAUCUCCUAAUCUGCUGGUUACACAGGUGGGUGAGCGAGCGGAAGAGCAUGCAACAAAUCAAACACAAUACUCAGUCACACCGGAGCACACAUUUUAUUUACAACCACAUUGUAUAAGUAUAACCGAAGUGCUGCGCGAUAAUCCCAUUGAAGAGCAAACCUUUUCCAUAGCAAUACCGCCACUAUCCUCAUCAUCAACAUCAUCAUCCUCAGUAAAAUCCACUGUGAAACCUCAUUACACAAACGAUAUAUACCAGGUAAAUGAUAAAGCAGAGCACAAUCCCGCACUGGCACCAAAAGUGUACGACGCACUUCACACAAUCGCAAUGUUGCAGGUAAAUGUUAGAGAAGAGCACAAUUACUCUAUGGUGGCACCAUCGUCACCGUCACCGUCACCCAAAGUAUUAACACCACUAUCCUCACCAAAAGGCAAUUGUCGCAUGAGACCCUCGCAGCGUCUAAAGCCAUUUCUCUUUCGUAGAUUAGAAAAAUUUGACUAUUUUAGUCAAGUGUCAGCAGAGAAUAUUGCCCACUAUGAGUUGCAAUGCACCAGCAUUGGUCAGCCAUAUUUGCAAGCGAAAAUUCGCACGCUGCAUCAGAGAACUGUUGUGAGUGGCGAUAUUUUCUCGGCGCUUCUACCGCGUCUCUCUCCUUCGCUGUUUAAAGAGUUGUUGCUUGUGUUGCAAUAUCUGGGUGAAUUUCACUACAACACCUGGGAACAGCGCAAACAACGUGCAUUAAUUUCGAAAAGCUCAUAUCGCACACUUCACACCUUGUGCGCACAAGCUUUACUAUUAUUUUUCGAAUUCUCAACACCAUUUCAAUGUAAAUGUUUGAGCUUCGAAGAUAAUUUAUGUUAUAUUGAAAAGCGAAAUUUUCUAAGUGCCGCGGUUCGUGCUGCGCCAAGCGUGUCAACUGUGCGGCCGGAUGACAAUUUUGAUGAUUUGAGCUUGGCCAUUGAUCCGCAAAUACUGGAGAUGAUGGCCGAACUCAAGCAGAGUUUAUGAAAGUUUUUUGUUUUAUUAUUGUUACGAGUAAUAUACGAGUAUAGGAUGCACUGAAUGAAUACUCUGCUUAUAAACUAGUAAGAUGUUGAGAAUUAGGGCAAUAAAAUCCAGCCUUUUAAUUGAAUUAUUGGAUUACACUUUGCUUCUAAUGUUGCAUAAUUUUAGGUGUACACUUUUAAAUAUUGAAUAGAAUUUUUGGAAUUGUAUGUAUAACUGACUAUGUUCUUGGAUAGCUAUUUUACAUUUGUAUUAUGUCAAAAUCGUUACAAUAGGGUGAUUCAAUAACUUCGACGUGCAUUUUCAUUCUACUACACUUUUAACAUACUACAUAUGUGCAUAGUAUGCAGCUAUAGAAUCAAAUUCAUCA